GCAUGUUUACUUUUUGUAAGUAAAUGCUUUGUUUGGCUUACAUGAAAGUCUACAACAGCGGGAGAAGCCAGAAAGUAAACAACGGCUAUAAACAUAAUUAACGUUUAAAAUAUAACGUUAUUUAGCGUAAAAUGUAUUUUCUUAGAAAUAUGUGUAAACCAAGUAAAGCGGUAAUGUGUUUGAAAUCAACCACUGACAGAUCAUUCGCGCAAUCGGUGUCCCCGCUGUUUGUAGUAAACAUUCCGUUUCUAUGGCAACUGUGGAACUACAACGAGACUAGCCGUUUGAUUACGUCAUAGAACAGACUGCUUAAAAGGUGCAGAGCUCUUACGUCAUAAAACAGACUGCUUAAAAGGAGCCGAGCACUCGCACCAUCUUCAUUUUCUAGGUUCAGUGAUAAUCCGAGCUGAGGCGAGGAGUCAUAGAGCAAAGAACAAAUCCGCGAGUCUAAGCGAAAGUCUACGAAUAGUGUGUACAGACGCCAGACUAUACAGCUAGUGUUCAGUGUUAUAUUCAGCUAUAUUCAGUGUUUAGAAAAACAGUUUAUACACACUGUCUGUUGUCAGUGUGUAUCAGAAAAAGUUUGACAACUGUACAUCUGAUAAUAUCUGAUAGUACAUCAGACAUCAUGUCCACACAAAUGAGAGAUGUGCACCUGAAGGCUGACAUCAGCAGCACCAUCUCAGAGAAUGGAAAUGAUCAGGGUGGCAUGAAUAUUUCUCCUGCAACCAAUGAGAAGGCAAGCCCAACAGUGAGGAAGAGCAACAAAACCUCUGCAUUCUUCCGAAGAACAUGGAAGACUGUGAAAAAACCCUUUCAGAAAAACAGCGUGGAGCCUACUGGGAUCUCAGCACAGCCUGUUCCAGAGCCAUCAUGUGUACCAGGUCCUCAACCAAAACUUCAAGUGGAUCUUGUUGAUGCAGAGCAAUUGUGUGUUGCAGGCCCAAGUGGUCUUAAAACGCAAGUGACAACAGAAACUCAAAAAACUCAAGUGACAACAGAGUCCACACAAAAGAGAGAUGUGCACCUGAAGGCUGACAUCAGCAGCACCAUCUCAGAGAAUGGAAAUGAUCAGGGUGGCAUGAAUAUUUCUCCUGCAACAAAUGAGAAGGCAAGCCCAACAGUGAGGAAGAGCAGCAAAAUCUGUGCAUUCUUCCAAAGAAGAUGGAAGGCUGUGAAAAAAUCCUUCCAGAAAAACAGAGUGGAGCCUAUUGGGAUCCCAGCACAGCCUGAUCCAGAGCCAUCGUGUGUCCCAGAUCCUGAAGCAGAAGCUGAAGUGGAUCUGGUCAAUGAAGAACAGUUGUGUGUCGCAGGUCCAAAUGGUCCUGAACCUCAAGUGAAAACAGAAACUCAAGUGACAACAGAGCUGUCAAUGUUACAUAACAAUUUCCCUCUAAACAUUUUCCAACUGGAGCGUCGCAUGUGCAAAUGUAGAGUGCAAUGGACACCUGUCACUGAGGUGUGGCCCAGUGUCUUCAUUGGAAAUGAAGAGACAGCAAUGGACCGAGUCAAACUGAAGGAGAUGGGUAUUACUCAUAUCCUGAACACUGCGGCAUACAAGGAAUAUCUACAAGGAAAGAUUGAUACAAAGGCGGAAUAUUACCAAGAAAUGAACAUCACUUACUGCGAUGUGCUUGUAAUGGUUGAACACAGGUUUGACGUCAGCAAUGACUUAUUCCCAGCUUCGGAAUUCAUCCACAAGGCCCUGAGUAACACAGGAAAUAAGUUGUUAGUGCACUGCAUGGAUGGCGUCAGCCGCUCUGCCACAUUUUUUCUGGCAUACCUGAUGAUCCACCAUGAAAUGUUGUUGGAGGAUGCCAUUGACCACGUCAUAGACAAGAGAUGGAUCAGGCCAAACAGGGACUUCUUGAAGCAGCUGAUAACCCUCAAUUCAAACCUCGUAACACAGCGGAAACUACAGCUAAGAAAACAGAUCAACAAAGAAGAAACAAAAAACGAAGAGUACCCAGUUGCACAACCUGUUCCAGAACCAUUGUGUGAGCCAGGUCCAGGCAUACCUAUACCAGAAGCUCAGGUGACCAAAGAACUUUCAGUGUUAGAAAGUCAUGUCUCACAAAGCGUCAUUCAACUUCAGGAUCGCCUGGAUGAAUAUACAUUGGGCUGCACACCUGUCACUGAGGUCUGGCCCAAUAUCUUCAUUGGAAAUGAAGAGACAGCAAGAAACCGAGCCAAACUGAAAGGGAUGGGUAUUACCCACAUCCUGAAUGCCGCGGCUGUGGAGAAGAGCUUGAAGGUCUUGUUUGAAAUUCCAAGCAAGAAAAGCCUAAAAGGAAAGGUCAAUACAGGAGUGACAUAUUACCAAGGCAGGAGCCUCAAUUAUUAUGAUGUGCCUGCAGUAGACAAAUGCUCGUUUAACAUCAGCGAGUACUUCUUCCCAGCUGCACAGUUCAUCCACCAGGCCCUGAGUAACCCAGAGAAUAAGGUGUUGGUGCACUGCAAAAAGGGUCUCAGUCGCUCUGCCACACUUGUUCUGGCAUACCUGAUGAUUCACCAUGACAUGAUGGUGGAGGAUGCCAUUGACCAUGUCACAGAGGGGAGAAGCAUCAGGCCCAACAUAGGCUUCUUGAAGCAACUGACAAUCCUCAAUUCAAACCUCAAAAGUCGCAGAAUACUACAGUUGAAAAAAGAGCACAGAUAAAAAACAAAUAAAGCAAAAUAAAAACAAAUAUUUAACUUACAAAUAUGUAAAAUCAAUCCAUUUGGUCAAAAUAUUUUUUUUUGUCUAAAUUGUAUUCAAAUGUCAUUUUGAGAUCGUCUGUAGGGCCCAUUUCUGGUUCCAAAAUCUUGACUUGUCACUAAAGGUGACUGCGCUUUUGCUGUUUGUACCCCUAAGCUGUGGAACUCCCUGCCUAGGGAUCUUAGGCAGGUAAGCAUGGUAUCCUCUUAAAUCUCUUCUUAAGACUCACUUUUAUUGUAUGGAUUUUUCUCAAUCCAGUGUUGGCAAUUUAGCAAUUUUGUUGCUAAAUUUAGCAACUUUUCAGACUACCCUAGCAACAAAUUUAGCUAUUUUUACAUUUUAUUUGGCUUCUUUUAGCAACUUUUGAUAAGUGCUAAAAACCUGUGAAUUCUUUUCUUAGAGUGUAGCAUACUGACUACUAAUACACUGGUUAAAACUAGUUCAGAAUGUGUAGUCUUACUAGUUUACUAGCUAAUAAAAAAACUUGUAAUCAUUCAAAAAUGUGUAAGUAUUCAAUAAUUCAAUAUUGUAUAUAAAAAUAGUUAUUUAUUUUAACAUUAUAUUAUGCAUUUAUAUUAUUUUACGAACAAAUGUAAUGUAAAAAUAUAUUUUUUACUGAGAUUUGAUGUAGUGACAAUUUUGUGUCGUGAUUAUGUAAUGACGUCAUCACGCAAUGACAUCACAAUGUCAUUUAGCAACUUUUAGCAACAAAACAACCUUCCUUUAGCAACUUUCCCUGAAAAUUAGUUGGCAACAGUGGACAGUGCAGCGGCACUGAAAAUCUCCACCACUAAUGCACAGAUUGACAGUCUGGAACUGAUCUUAUUGGAACAGCAGUUUUGUAUACAUAAUAAAAGUAAAUGUUUUUUUUUUUUCCCUUAUUGUAUUAAUUGCACAAUUACUUUUUUUUUCUCUUCUAGAAAAAGACGAGAGUGCUACCACAAAAUAUAUUUGUAAAACAAGUGCAGAUGAAGAGUUGCUGCUUCAGAUAACCUGUUGACAGUAAUAUAUUGAUAAAAGGAAAUAUUACUUUAAAAAAUGUUCUUCCCUACAAACGUUAUUUAGUACAGCGUUUUGUUUACCAAAGCGUGAGAUACUGAAAGCUGACAGCGCGUAGGAGGUCUUUGGCUACCAGAGUCACAGCAGUGAUACAGUUUUGUAAAUGCAUCUGAGAAAGUACUGCACUCUGGUGGCCAAAGGUAACUAGUGCAUUAUUGUCAAAAAGGUCAACGUGGGUUCAGUAAACUAUAUCUUUUUCCUAGGGAAACAAAGUGUAAUGUUCAGUAUAUUUUUUGUCACGACAUUAAGAUAUGUGCCAAUACAUAAAAUGACUUUAACAUUUAAAUGCAAACUAAGAAAUGUUCAAAGAAGUAAAUAAAAAAAUAAAUAAAAAAAAAAGUAGAAAAGGUCCCCUUUUAUGGCCUACGUGAAAAGCUUUAAAGUGCAGUCAGAGCAUACUAUGCUAUUCAAUCCAUGGAAGGUUCAAAUAUUUUAAAGGCUAAAUAAUAAAUUCAAUAUAUGAGUCAUUUAAUGGAUUAUAGUAGCUUUAGCAAUGGAUAUUUCCUGCAAUGCAUUUGGAGUUAUAGCCAGGUGGGCGACAGGGUUGUGUACUGAAAUUGAAUGUACUGUACUUAAAGUGUUUGAAAGACUCUCGGUGAAGGAUCCUCUAAUGCAUUAUUGAAUCUCUUUACAAGAGAAAAUUUGGCUCUGAGUCUGAAUAGGCACCUUUUCUAAUGUGAAAGUAACUACUUUCAUGAGGGUUCU